AUGGCACCGGCCAUCAUCGGUAGCCUCUUCGGCCGAGCCGUCCCGGCCGAAGUAGUCGACCCGACGUCACUCGGUCCGCUCGCUGCUCGUGCAGUGCUCACCGCCCACAACCUAGUACGCCGAGAGGAUGACCAACGUCCAGACCCAUCCAAGGGAGUCGUCGACCCUCACAACAUCAACAAUACGGCCAUGUUCGUCUUGUUUGGCUUCAUUGGAGCCUCUUUUGUGGUCCUCGGCAUCUGGUUCUUCUUCUGGGCCAAGAAUGGUGGCUUCUACUUCAAGGAGAACGACUGGGAUGACUACAAGUCCACGGUGCUGCGCCGGCGCGGCCCCAACGGCACUAUCCUCUCCAAUGCAACUCCUUCUACCGACCUCGGCGGCGGCAGCAUCUACAAGGAUGUCGAUGACCGCACCACAGUGUCCGCUUCGACCAGGUACCGGGAUGGGGACGAUGGCCGCACCGACAUCACCGACUCGACCUACAUGACUGGCAUCACGGCCGGUGUCUCCAACAUCGGAGCCCGUGAGGCCCGCCGCAAGAAGAAGGAAGCAAGGGACCGUGAGCGCGAGCGCCGCCGCGAGGAGAAGGCACUCGCAAAGGAAGAGAAGAAGGCGGCCAAGCGUGGCGAGGGUAACAACACUCGCAAGGUUGGCGCCGAUGGCGCGCUGAUCGAUGAGGAGGCUGAGGAGCAGGCCAAGGAGCACCUACGCAGCUACCGCCACGAGCGGCCGGCCAGGGUCGGCGGUAUCAACGCAGAGAGCGACGCAAGCACCUGGGACGGUUCGACGAACCCGAGCGCUAGCAGCGCCGGCACCAGGUCCGAGCGCACCGAGGCCAGCGAGCUGCUCGGCGACCGCCAGAAGACACCGACCUCGACCCCCAAGAAGUCCGGUGGCAUCAGGAAGGUCUAUUCGACAGCCGACAAGGUCGCCGACCGCGAGCAGGAACGCAUCCGCGCCGAGGCCCGCAGGCUACAGGAGAAGGGCCGCUCGCACAUGUCAUCGGUCGCCGGCUCCAGCUCAUCGACACCCCGUCGCGACUUUAGCUUCGCACGCGGCCAGACGGACGACCGGGAGCGGUUCGCCAUGCGCCGCAUCGAAGAGAACGAGUCCUCGGUCGUCAGCGGGAGCACGGGCCACGACGACGACCGCGAGCGUGAGCGUGACCGCCGCCGCAGCCAUCGCCACCACGUCCCCGGUUCCUACGUCGGCUCCGAUGACGCGGGCAGCGAGGUCGGCACCAAGUCUUACCACCACCCAAUCCCCGAGCUGACCUCCAGCAGCGUCAGUGGCAGCGGCAUCGAGGCCAACGAUUUUGCGUACCAGGACGACAAGAGGAGGCAGAGGAGGGGAGGUGGCUACCGCAGAGCCUAA